AACUAACUGGGUGUAAAAUCAACAUUCGUUCAUCGACCGCCAAGAAGAGACCAACAAGAUGCCGGCCAUCCGACCACUGAGUCCCGAGCUCCAGAAGACUGCGGUUGAGAAGCUGAACGAGGUGCCCAAUAAGUUGGAUGACGACAUCGCCGCUCUGAGGGAUUGGAUUAAGCAGCAACCGCACUUGAAAGCCCGCACAGAUGACCAGUUCCUGGUGAACUUCCUGCGCGGCUGCAAGUUCAGUUUGGAAAGGACCAAGUCCAAGAUCGACAGGUUCUACACACUACGCACCAAGUACCCAGAGUUUUAUUUGGGUCAUAAUGUCGAUGUGGACAAAGCACUGGAGAUAUUCAGAUUGGGCACCAUAGUUAUUCUGCCACGUCCUCUAAACGAUAAUGGCCCGCGAUUGGCUCUGCUUCGCUUGGCCUGCUACGAUCCCAGCAAAUACACCUUCCAGGAGGUGAAUCGAGCUGCUGGUCUCAUGCAGCAGAUUAUGCUCGACGAGGACGAUGUGGCCAUUGUGAAUGGGUUGAUAUCCAUUCUGGACAUGUCCAAUGUCACCACCGGGCACUUCCUGCAGAUGACACCGUCAUUCGCCAAGAAGAUGACAGUUUUUCAGGAGGAGGCCCUGCCCCUGCGGCCGCAGGGAAUCCAUUUCAUUAAUACGCCCAACGGAUUUGACACCAUCUUCAAUAUGAUUAAGCCCAUGAUGUCUAAGAAGCAGCAAGGACGCCUCUACGUUCAUGGAACCAAAUGGGAGGCACUCUACAACCAGAUUCCCAAACAGUAUUUGCCAGUUGAAUACGGAGGGGAGAACGGAUCGAUUCCGGAUCUACUGCAGCAGUGGGAGCAACGUAUUCUGGCCUACCGGAAUUACUGGGAGGAGGAGAAGAACUACGGAACCGAUGAAAGCCUCCGAGUGGGUCAGCCCGUCGACUUCGAGAGUCUAUUUGGUCUGCAGGGUUCCUUCCGGCAAUUGAAUGUGGACUGAAGAGUCCACCCCCCCUGCUAAAUUGCUAAAUAUAGACUUAGCUGCAGCUCUUAUCUUAGGUAACAAAGGUAAAGGUUGUACACGAGUCGAUUUGUGAUAAGCAUAGCGAUAAGAGCAUAACAACAAGCCAAAAGCUUAGCACAGCCUGUAAUAAAGAUAGUUAAUUGCAUAUUCCAUUA